CACAGAGGCUGCUUUGGGUGGCAAUGCGCACCGGCGCUGGCGUAAAGGGCAGCCCUUGCUGCCCUGGCAUAGCUCGUCCCAGAUGGUAGCGGUCCUACGCCGGCCGACGCGCGAGCGCGACGCCGUCACGGAUGCCGCAGUGGAAGAGCCUCCCAAGCCAGAGGCAGCAGCCGAGGACUCCUUCGCCACGGCCAAGCACUCCAUCUGCACGGCGCUCGGCGUCGUGAUGGCCGUGCACUUUUACAGUGCUUACGUGCAAAAUACGGCACUGAUAGGUGCCGACGGAUUGGUACCUUGUGCCGCGUACGUAAAAGAACGAGUAAAAACUGGAAGUUUUUGGACCUGGCCCUGCGUGUGGUGGUGGAUAGAACCGACCGACGCUAAUUUAGAUGCGGUGGCAUUAACGGGCCUGGCGAACGCAUUGCUACUAACAGUAGGAGCGCACUAUUCACAUCUCGUCGCGAUCUGCUGGCUCUGCCACUCGUCAAUCGUCAACGCCGCCGAGGCGUCGUCCUUCUAUUCGUAUGGAUGGGAGACGCAGCUGCUCGAGACGGCUUUUCUGACUAUUUUUUUAUGUAGUCCGACCGACCGACGGGCGCCGCCGACGCGCAUCGUGCUGUGGCUGUUUCGCUGGCUCGCGUUCCGGAUAUCGGUCGGCGCCGGCCUUAUUAAAGUAAGGGGCGGCUCGUGCUGGGAGCGGAAGACCUGCCUCUGGUAUCAUUUCGAGACGCAGCCCAUACCUUCUCCUCUGUCGUUCUUCUUCCACUUCCUCCCUAAAGCGAUACUGUCGCGGGGCGUCGACAUUGAUUUAAUCGUGCAGCUCUACGCGUCGUGGCUCGUCUUGGUGCCUUUACGAAACGUGCGGAGGGUAGCGGGCUACGCGCAGAUCGCGUUCAUGCUAAACAUCGCGGCCUCGGGGAACUUCUCGGUCCUCAACCACCUCACGAUCCUACCGUCCCUGGCCUGCCUCGACGAUAAAGCUUGGCCGCGAUGCUUGCGGCGAGCACCUACGAAGAAGCGGCGGAAUUUAGGAAGACGUAUGACGGACGUCGUGCUGCUGCUCGUAAUAGCCUACCUGUCGCGGCCCGUCGUAGCCAACUUAGUAUCAAAAAACCAGGUGAUGAACACGAGCUUCGACCCCUUCAAGCUCGUCAACACCUACGGGGCCUUCGGGUCCGUCGGCGAGGGGCGCUACGAGCCCGUCGUCGCGCUGUCGGACGACGGCACGACGUGGCGCGAGGUCGACCUGCCCUGCAAGCCGACGGACGUCAGGAGAAGGCCGUGCUUCUCCGCGCCCUACCACCACCGCCUGGAUUGGAAUAUUUGGUUCAUCGGCUUCAAGCCGCAUCGACCGGUGUGGAAAUUAAUCAGUGAGAAACAUUGCGUGGACCUUCAUCGACGCCGUCACGGCGACAACGUCGCGUCGACGGCCUGGAAACUCCACGCCAUGUGGGGCACCCGACAUUUGAUUUUCACACAGGCAUCGGCAGAUGCUCGAGGGCCGCGAGCGCUGGCUCUACGCCUUCCUCGCGCAGCUGCUGCGCGACGGCGACGCGCCGGCGCGCCGGUUGGUGGACGCGUCGUCGCGCGACGUCCGGGGUCGUAUCGCGCGCGUCCAUAUGUACCGGUACCGCAUGGCCGCGCCCCUCGCCCAAAUCUUGGGAACGGCGCCCGCCGAGCGCGUCUGGUGGACGCGCGCGUUCGAGGAGGUCCUGAUCCCGCCCGUCGUGCUCCGGGCCGACGGCAACCUCGCGUACUUCGAGGCGCCGCGGCCGCCGCCGGGCAAUCGGUUCGUGGAGCGUAUCUAGGGUAAUGUUGUCAGUAACUUA